AUGGAAUGGGUCAAUGAGACUGAAGUGAGAGAGUUUGUCUUCCUCGGAUUCUCCUCUCUGGCUGGGCUGCAGCAGCUGCUUUUCGUUGUCUUCCUGCUCCUCUACCUGUUUACUCUGGGCACCAAUGCCAUCAUCAUUUCCACCAUUGUGCUGGACAGAGCCCUUCACUCCCCCAUGUACUUCUUCCUUGCCGUCCUCUCCUGCUCUGAGACUUGCUACACCUUUGUCAUUGUACCCAAGAUGCUGGCCGACCUGUUGACCACGAAGAAGACCAUCUCCUUCCUGGGUUGUGCCACCCAGAUGUUUACCUUCCUCUUCCUCGGCUGCUCUCACUCCUUCCUGCUGGCGGCCAUGGGUUAUGAUCGUUAUGUGGCCAUUUGUAACCCACUGCGCUACACGGUGCUCAUGGGACCUGGGGUGUGUGUGGGCCUGGUGGCUGCAGCCUGUGCCUGUGGCUUCACUGUUGCGCAGAUCAUCACCACAUUGAUAUUUCACUUGCCCUUCUAUUCCUCCAACAGGCUCCACCACUUCUUCUGUGACAUCUCUCCUGUCCUCAAGCUGGCAUCUCACCAUACUUAUUUUAGUCAGAUAGUCAUUUUCAUGCUCUGUGCAUUGGUCCUAGUUAUCCCUCUAUUGUUGAUCUUGGUGUCCUACAUUCGCAUCAUCUCUGCCAUUCUCCAAUCUCCUUCUACGCUAGGCAGGUAUAAAGCAUUCUCCACUUGUGCUUCUCACCUCAUUGUUGUCAUUGUCCAUUACGGCUGUGCCUCCUUUAUCUACUUAAGACCUAAAUCCAGCUACUCCUCAAGCCAAGAUGUUCUGAUAUCAGUGUCUUAUACCAUCCUAACUCCGUUGUUCAACCCAAUGAUUUAUAGCCUGAGAAACAGAGAGUUCAAAUCAGCUCUUCGCAGAAUUGUAGGAAGAACUGUUUCUUUUCCAUGUUAA